GACGUCGACGGAGGCUGGCGAGCACCGCCAGCCGACAGUUAUCCCGUGGCUGUCGGCCCGUGCGCGCAGCUCCCGAGGCAUCGAUCGACCCGCCGCCGUCGCCGCCGCCAGCAACAGCGGCUCUCACCGGCGCGCGCCGCCCGCUUCCAGGCCUGCAGCUCCUCGGCAGCAAGACCAGCGCCAGCACGGCCAGCCGAGGCGAGCCGCCGCGGGCGCUGCGUUACGCCCUCGCCCCGACUCUGCAGGUCGGCGGAGCUGGAAGCCGCUAGCCCCGAGCAGGAGCAGCCGACCGAGGCCCGGAGAUGCCCGACCAGGCUCAGGCCGACGAGGGCGCAGCGGGCUGCGGCGGCGUAGUCGAGCUGAACGUGGGCGGCGUGUUCUACACGACGGGUCUGAGCACGUUGACGCGCGAGGCCGACUCGCACCUGGCCGGCCUGUUCCGGGACAAGCUGAGCCUCGAGCGCGACGCCAAGGGCAAGUACUUCCUGGACCGCGACGGCGUGCUCUUCCGCUACGUGCUCGAUUUCCUGCGCAACCAGGCCCUCGUGCUACCGGAGGGCUUCCGCGAGCGCGAGCGGCUCAGGCAGGAGGCCAACUUCUACGGACUGGCCAACCUCCAGAGGGCCAUCCAGGACUCGCCGCCGGAGCGCGUCUCCGUCAUGUCCACGGGCCAGAAGCGGGGCUUCAUCACGGUGGGCUACCGCGGCAGCUUCGCCUUCGGCCGCGAGGGCCUGGCCGACGUGCAGUUUCGCAAGCUGUCGCGCAUCCUGGUGUGCGGCCGCGUGGCGCUCUGCCGGGACGUGUUCGGCGAGACGCUGAACGAGAGCCGCGACCCCGACCACGGCGUGAGCGACCGCUACACCUCGCGCUUCUUCCUCAAGCACACCUUCAUCGAGCAAGCCUUCGACAUGCUGCAGGAGCAGGGCUUCCGGCUGCUGGCCAGCUGCGGCAGCGGCACGGCCGGCGGCGCCACCGCCGAGCUCAAGCCCGGCGUCGACCUCGAGGAGAACCGCUGGAACCACUACAACGAGUUCGUAUUCGCCCGCGACUAGAGCGCCCACGGCCCGCUUCGAAGCGCGCGGGCCCGCGCUCGAGACCAGUACUUUAAUCCGAGAAUAGACGGCCCGCUGAAUCGAUCGUUCCAUCGGCGAGAGCGCAUCGGAUCGGCCGGUCCGCGGCCCGGAUAGACGAGGCUGGCGCAAGCAACACGGAGCCCAGCGAAAUAUGCUCGUUGCGCGCGACGUCGCUACCGGCCAGACGAAUUUCGUAGCCAGCUGCAAAGACAAAGAGGGAAGGAGAGCUAGGAAUUAGAAUGCACAGAGGCGGGCGGGUGAGCGACCGACCGACCGAGUCGGGGACCAAGUGAAAAAUGAAGCGCGCGCGCCCCUGCAUUUCUCCAUUAUUUUGGACAGCAAUGCCACGCAGAAGAAGCUGUAGCUCGGUUCGUUCUCCGUGCGCUUGUCGUGAGCGUAUUUCAAGGGAACAAUGGUCAAGACGAACAUCUCUCUAUCGUCGGCGCAAGCGCUUUAUGUACGUGAAGACGGGGGGCGUGCAUCUUGCAGCGGGGAGCAGCCAGUUUUUCCAUUCUCCAACAUGGCGUCGCGCUUGCAGUCUCGACUAGGAAAGCCCGGCACAGGGGGGGAAAGACGAGGAGGAAGAAGGGGAGCCAUUAACGCCGCUACCGACAGGCGUUAAUGGGGCCGAGUAAGACAAAUGACGCUAAUUAGCUGCGAAUGGAGAAGACAAAGACGACGGUGCGGUGCGUGAACUUUGCCGGGAUUACGCGAGGAGAGCGUGUUUUUGCGGUCAGAGAAAGAUGAACAAUGGCUCGACAAAGGCGGCAGCGUCAAAAGAACCGUCGCGUUUAAUCUUGCGACUUUUGACUUCGGCCCGUUCUCUGUAGUAUUCGACGUGCCCUCGCAGCCAGCAGCCCUUUCGCGCGCGCGCGCGCGCGCGGCUCCCCUAAUUAGAGUGGAUUCCGUUUAGCGCGACUCGCUGGCCUUUUGUGUCCGCCAGCCCGCGACCCAAAAUUCUUCGUCGAUGCGUCUCUUUUGGCGCGGGUCUCCGGCCAUAGAUUCACAGAUUAGCGCCGCCGACGCCUUCUAAGCUCAAACGCAUCCGCGGUGCUGCGGUGCGCGUCCAUCCGUACGAAGCUUGGAUUACCGGCUUCUUCCUUUUCUCUGUUUCAACGACCGCCCGCGCGACAAGGACGCCGGGAUUCAGUUUGGAUUUUAGUUUGGGUAACCGAAGAUCGGUUGGCAGAUAAUUUCGUGGAACACAAAUGCAGCGCGCUUUUAGCAAACUUUCUCCCCUUGAAAUCAUAAUGCUGCUUAGGACACGCCCGGCUCCAUUCGAAGCUCAUUGUACUUCCAAACUAUACUUCCUACUUUGUUUGUAAUUUAUCUUCCGAGGAUAAUUCGCCUUUGGAAAUUGAAUUUGUCACCGGAGGGCGGUUUAUCGUGCUACGUAAAAAUAACUUGGAAGUCCGUUUCUCGACAAUCGCAACCUCUACAUCCACUCGUAUAGCCAACUAUUCCGAAACAUAAAUUUUAUUAUUUACAGAGGAUUUCCUCCGUCGAGUAGUGUUUGUUUAAAAAAAUUGAAUGAAGGUAUUUACUCUUUCGUCGACAUACGAAGCAGCUUUUUGCAUACACCUUUUGACGACGUUUGUAGCACGCCGUUUUACAGUUUUUCGUGGCAUUCCCGGCAGAGACAGGGCAAAGUAAAUUAUAAAUCCGAAAAAUUCAGUCGAGUGUCAUUUUAUAUAUAUUGAAUGAAAUUAUACAAAAAUAAAAUUGUACAUGCCGUGGCACCUAAGAACGGUAUUAAUUGAUGUAGGUUGAACUAUUAGAGCGAGGGUUUGAAGCGGCAAGUAAAUCCUUCCCUUACGGCUCGCCGCGGAAAUCACUCUUCCUAUAAUAAUUUCGUCGUCAGUAGCGCUAGCCGGCCUCGUUAAGCCAGAGCUAUUACAGAGUUUCCUGCGGUCUCCACGCCGCGCCUAGAAAGACAAGUUUUCACAGAUUCUCUAGAUUUUUUUAUUUCAGGUACUUCGUGAAAAUUAAGUUAAUUAUUGCGGUUGGCAAUUCAUAUUUGCACUCCAAAAUGUUUUGCGGUUUUUAAAAGCAAACUAUUCGUAGUGUUUUCUUUCGAUAUUCGAAACACAUCAACCGUUCGUUUAUUGUCAGCCUUCCUGGGAUAUUAUUUAAUCCGCACUGAUAUUCGAGUAGAUAGGUAGGCGGGUAGAUGGGUAAAUGGGUUUCAAGUUGAUUGCCGUGGUAAAAUGAAAAUGAAUCGACGCUCUUGAAAUAACGAAAAAAAGUGUUCGGAGCUGAACUAGCAGGAAGUAACGCGGGCAAAGUGGUAUUUUCGGAACCCGUAUCAGCGCGUGGUCGAUCCACAGAGAGGCGUCCCGUAAGCUGCUGUUAACGAGAAAGGAGAUAGAGGCCAUGGAAAAAAAGAAUUAUAAUCGCAUUCGGACUGGUAAUUGCUCGCGUUCGAUGUAGUCGAAUGGCCAUCGAGAGCGCAAACGAAUAAUUGAAGGGAACGUCGUCGCUAGGCCAUUGGUCGAGUCGCGCGACUGACUUAAUUGACAGCGGUGCGAGCUAAUGUUACGGUCUGCGAGUGAUUUGCGAUGAAAAGCGGCUCUAUUUCACGCUGCACGCGCGGCCUCGUCGACUUAAUGAUUAUUUGGGCAAGCAUUAUCUGCGCUGUGGGGCUACCUUUGCUGCCGAGCGACGGAACGGAUAAUCGAUUUGAAACGAGCAAACCCGACCACUACUGACGUUGCGCGCCAGCAAUCGCAAGGAGAAUUCACCUUAGGCAGUCGAUUCGCCGCUGGUCUCAAUGAUUCGUUGAACCCUGUUUUAUGUUUUUGGCAUCGUUCUUGCCCAACGACUUGCAAGACCUUUAGAAGCGACGGAGGAGCUGGCGAUAUUUGGAAGGAGCCUGGCGAGCGCAGUAACAGGUGAGCUAGGCGGACAGCCUGCGGAGACUGGAUGUCGUUUGGCAGAGCGAAGGGCCACAAGGGCUGUGUCGUUCGCCAGGCCGGCAGCCGAGCCCCGCUGGGCCGUGCGCUUCUCUCGUGCCGCGCGCGACUAUCGAUCGGAAGCUUUGCGGGCGUCAUCCAAGCUUGUAUCGGGAACAACGGGCCAGACAGACAGAGCGUUGUUUGCGCGUCGGGAAUAAUCCGUCGAGUGCGCCCGCAGCGCUUUGAAAAUCAAUGCCGCCGACGGGCUUGAGGGGCUCGCGCGCCUGUCGACGAGCGUCGCUGCUCCGUGUCUGCGCGUCCACUCGCGGAGGCGCCUCGCGUGCCCGCGCAGACGCGGGCCGCACACGCGACACGCGCCAAAAAUGCGAAUCUCCGGAGCUGAACAGGAGGCGUCUUUGUUCGAGGCAAUCUGUCGCUAGCAGCUGUUUCCCCUGCGACGAUCCGACCGCGAGUGAAAGCGCUCUCGCCAAGCUUAUGCAACGUCCGCGCCUCGCCUAAGCUUACUUUUCGAUUAGUCCUCAAUGAGGCUCUCCAUUUGUUUUCCUGCAUCCUUGGCAAACUUGCCUUCUUAACUAUAGUUUAGCGGCGCAAUUGUGCCAAACUCGGGCUCUAGUCAAGUUUUGCAUCAAAGCCUCUCGAGGAUUCGGAUAAACUCCCAUUGAAACUCCUUGUUUAGGUAUUGUCUAAAAGAAACUAGUCGAAAAUUAUGAGAUCGUUGCUUGCAGAAGCUACGGUUUAUCGCUGCAUGGCAGUCACGUAGCGCGCUGUUUGUCACUCGACAAACUCGCCCAUUUUACUGCGCUUGUCGGCAAAUGUAUUUUAUCAUUCGCCACCGAGCGAAAGAGCGAGAGAACGAGGUUUAUCGGGCGCCACGCUCAACGCUAUAACACUCGCCUGUUAUUCAUCAACGCACUCAAAAUACGGCAGCUUGAUUGGAGCGCGAACGGCAACAGCCAAAUCCACGUAUAUAGGUGGAAUAACGCGGUCACAUCUGAAGAGACGCCAGUGUCAAGCUUUUGCUACGCUCACAAGUCCCACUUGAAUAUUCAGUUUGGUCCUGAGCCGACUAAGACGCACCGAGAAUCCACCUCAACUACAAAAGUUGCUAGCCGCGAGAGCUCAUUUUUAUUCUUCGGCAAACGCAUUUUAAUAUUCAUGUCGUAAUCCCUUGAUUGUCUCUUCUAAUGCACUCGUAGACGUGUAUCGGACAAGAUGUUUCUUCCGAGGCAGGCGCAACUCGUUUGUCCAUUUGAGGUCCAUCGUUUUCACAUAUUCAAAUGUCGGCUUGUAAAUGAAAUCUGCAAAUUUGCCUGUCGGGCUUUUUAGUGUUUACAGCGAGCGACGAUCCUUGAAAAGUAAACAAUGUAGAUACAAGUUUAACUAGGAUAGGUCGAACCCGGCAUGACGUAGCUGCGGGUAGCCGAGACAAGAGGAAAGGUGUAGAGAGAAAGAGAGAGAGAGAGAGAGAGGAGGGGAGGAGGGAGUCUCUGUCAAAUGGUCCUCUCAAAUGCAAACGCAAUUUGGGAGCUCAUUUGCCAAGUGAACUUGCGUGCACUCAUAAUUCAUUAUAAUUCUGUGGGUGUGUGCAUUGGCGUCCUCGGUGCAGACGUGAUUUUAAAAUUGUCGCGCCACUAGGAUGCGCUGCCACCAGCCUUCCGCUGUAAUUUUCAUCACUCACACCUGCGUUCGCAGUGUCACAACCGUUUCAGCGUUUGCUCAUCUUCGUUUGUCCUGCUCUCCAACGCUCCAUACAUAAGCCGACUUUGUGGACGAAUUAUUUCGAUAAAACAUGCGCUCAACCACGGCUACCCUGUGAUUCGUUGACUCGCUAAGGUCUUAUCGUCAGACAGAACAACCGAUAUGCGCGAGCCAUCAGCAAUUUCAACUGAUUUAACUGGACAAGCUUCUCGUUUCAACGAGCUCGACGAUUUUUGCAAUUCCAUCAUGGAGUUUCACGGCCUUUGAGCUGACUUUUUGAAAUAACAAUGGCAGACUGGAAGCUCGCAGAAUGCAACUGUACGUUUCGCUUUGUUUAGCUGACGGGCGCAGCGCUUUGAGAAGCAGCGCGGAAAAGAAACUGGGCGAAAAGCAGACAGUGCUGUCGGGCUCGAUGAAACAUUAGCGCAGGUAGCUUAUCGAUGAGCUGCAGCUUGAUUAGCCGGACAUCGGGGCUCGAAUAGUUGAGCGGAUUGUCGCUGCGCUGGAGGUGACAUUGACUGUUCAGCGAAACCAAUAGAUCCGAACGUCCGCCGAGCGUCCGCCGAGCGUCCGCCGAGCUAUUUUUUGCCAUGGCCAUCGGCUCCCUCUCCCCGUCGUUUCGCCGCUCUCAAUAUAUCAGAAUGUCCAUACAUCAUCCACGCGAAGUGCACUCAAAGCUCUCCCUUCCGCGUGCCCCUUGAAAGCGAGGCGGGCAAUUAUGCCAGCGAAAUGCGCGCGAGAAAGGCCACCAGUGCGAUACGCGCGUGGCUCCAAGUAGUAUAGAUCGAAGUUUGGCCAGACACGAGAAUAAUAUAGCUGUGGGUGUUGCUCGCAGUUUUGAAGUUACGCGACGAGGAAGAGGAUGAUGUAUACGGUGGGAAAAGGUGUCGUAAAGCGAUGGCUCUCGAGUUUUUUUUCGAACGGAAAAGAGUUUUAUCGUUUAUCGUGAAACGACUGCUGCUGGCGCUAUCAGAAGUAUGGCUGGUUGAGGUUGCGGCGUACGCACGGGGUAGGUAAGCUGCUGCGGGCUUGAUGCCUGCGAGGCAGACUUGAAUUACGGUGAUUCUCCCGAGCUCCUCGCGCGCUUAUUCCCUAACGUUAAGCCGAUUAUUCGGCAAACGCUACGUAUGCUGCUUCGCUAAACCUUUGACUUUGCCAACUCGACGAGUGUACUUGUGGACUUGUAGCAGACGGAGGAACUCUGCCUCGUGUGCUAAAAGUAAUGCAUUCUCAUUCGGACAGGUUUUACGAAACGGCUUCGAAUCAAUGACUCGUGAAUAUUCCGCCAGCCGCUGCUGCAAAGUUUGGGGACACAGAUAUAGCUGGCAGCAACGCCACGCCGGACGAAAAUAAUCGAUUAACGUCGAUAAAAUUGCAGUCGGUAGGUGCACGAAUAACGAUGGCUUCACUAGCGCGGUCAGAUAUGCAGGCUAAAACCCGCGCCAGCCGAGUGGCAGGCGACGAGAAAAAGCCGCGAAGACGCGAGUUCUCGCAGACACGCGCAGCUAUCGGCCGAUCGAAAAUUCAAUUGGCAGAGCCGAGGCUGUCGCUGGUGGGAUCUCGCUCGCGCGCCAGCCCAUCGGCAAUCUCGAGAUUGACGCCCGACACCGGCAUCGCGACGGCAAGCCGUACGGUCGCUUCUCGCGGGCUGUCGGCACCGAGCUCGGCCGAAGUAUAAUACGGUUACGGUGCAACCAAAACAAAGUAGGUUGCUGCGUUGCUGCGCGGCCUUGUUGCGAGCCAUUUUUCGCCAGCUAGUAUCCGAGGCUAGGUCGCGCCGGGAAAAGCUCCGCUGGUACAUUGAUAUCGAUCGCGCAGCUUCGGAUUCCCUCUCCGCCGAAGCGUUCGCUUGGUUUCCCUUUGGCUAGUCGGCCGUCCCGCGGCGGCGUGUCUUAACAAUGCGGCCCGGUCCUUUGUACGCACGACGGCACGCUCCACGCAUUUAUCCGCACUCGAUGAGCUCGCCUUGCUCGCUUGCAAGCGCACAUUACCUACCUUGUCCUGUUUUUCAUUGCUAGAGCGGAUAGCGGGCGCCUGCUUGUUGUAACCAAGUGCGCGCCAGUACUUAAACAGAGUCUAUUAAAUGGGCUCGAGCGAGGUGGCUGCCAGCGAAAUUCCGUUGUUACGCAUUGGCAGCUCGCUGCCGUCGAGCCACCUUUUACACUUACAAUCAUAUUGUAUUUCAAACACCACAUCUAAAAAUGCUUGUGAUAUAACUGAGUAGAAAUUUCAAAUGUUAGAUAUGCAUAUACAGAAUAUACAGAAUAUAUAGACUAUAUAUACACCUACAUAACGAGUGCAGCCUGUAUGGAAAGCGCAACUUCUCGACUACACUCCUGAUCGGAUAAUGUUCUUCGAGCAGCAACACUCGGUCUAAUAUCGCGUAAUUGAACGAUGAGCUCUAUCAGCUUUACUAGCGAUACACGCGUCUCGCGUGUCUGCUCGCGUGAGGUUGCACUUUUGGUACGACUGCAAUUUGAUUGAACCAGACAAUUGGCCGAUUACGGGUAUACUUUUACGAGAAUACACAUGUAUAUUUUUGUUCGUCUUAUGUAAGACAAUACGUUUAAUGUUUAAGAGCCAACCAAAGUCUUGAUCGUUGACCUUGUCUUCGUUAUAUGUACUAUAUUGUUUAUACAUCGCCUAGCGACCAGCUUGAAGCUUCAAGCUCGCUGAUUAUGGUGUAUUAGUGCUGCUGCGUCAUCGUGUACAAAAUAUGAAAACUUAUAUGAAAAGUCCAACUGUUGAACAGAUCAGUAGAUCACUCGAGCAAAAGCAUUUACUCUAGUGGUAGAGGCCAAUCAAUCGCACGACUAUCGAUCGUGCUGGAUUAAUAACUACUCUUACACUGCGUGCUUAGCUUGGGAUAACACUUACGUGCUGCAACGAUUAGAAGCCAGCUUUUCAUAUUCAGUUGCUUCACUGCGCAGCGACAUCGGAAUCGCUCUUUGCGCAUAUACAUUUCUGAAAAGCUUCUUGGUUAGGCGCAUUCAUAGAGGCGAGUCGUGCGAGCUCGAUAAAGCUAAUUGUACAGUAUUACUUGUCGCAAUUAUCCGUGAAAACGAACAAAACUAUCUUAUCGACAAUCAAAUUCUUUCGGUUCAAUAAAGUACAAACAAUUGUAAAUUGAAUACUUGAUCAGCACACAAGAUGAUUAAAUAGAUAAAAUGAUUAUUAAUUAUUACCACCGUGGGCAGAAGCGCCCAAUAGCUUCAUUAGCAAACGAGAAAUUCUGUCGCGUCAGUGCGUUGAGUUUUAUUUAUCGGCAAGCGGACGCAAAAUGAAGUUGAAUUUUCAAGAAAUGAAUUUCAAUCGAUACACUCCACGUCCAAGAGUCGUUGAUCAUUUGUUUUCUAGCAAUUUUAGCCCGGGUCACAUUUAUUUUCAACACCAAGCAAACAGUCAGUCAAGUAGAAGAGAUAAAACCACUUAAUGAUAGUUGAACGCUUUGAUAACGUUUUUCUAUGCUUCGCGAAAAUUCGUGCAAAGAACGCCCUCGGGUGUGUAUACGGCCUGGCUAAUGUGGCCACAGACACAAAGGGACAAUUGAUGAUUCCAGAAAUUACAGGCGAACGCACGCACGAUUCACGCUCUGUCAUCAGUCGUACGCACGUGUAUGUAUAAGUACGCGAGUCUAUGCAAGGACAAAGGGUUCAUUGGCGCCCAGCGUGUCAAACGCACUGACGCGUUAACCUUGAAUUUUAGAAAUGAUAUAUAUAGUUAUUAAUGACCACAGGCGAGAAAAAAAAUAUUUACAAAACGAAAAAAAAUAUUACAAUGAUACGUAUAAAAAAUGAGUUUGAUGGUUAUAUUUAAAUGAGAUGUAGCUGCGAAUGUUCUAUAACGGUAUGAUUAUUAUUAUUAUUAUAUGAAUAACAGUAACUCGUAUACAUAGAGAACGUUGUACUCUGCAGCGAAUAUAACUGUAUGUGUAUGUAAAUAUUAAGUAUUAUAUCUGAUUAUUUAGAAAUCAAAGGUGAAUAAAAAUAAAUUAU